UUCAGUUCUAUAACUGUCAUACUGUUUUUGUCGUGGAUUUUUCAUCGACACGAAGAUUCAAGCCCUUUAACACUAGAUAGACUUGACGAUUUCCGACAAUUUUUUAAGUUACGGGUUUUGCAACACUUCAAUAUUUACAAAUUGGUAUUUUGAAAAUGUUAGAUCCCAUUACUGGAAUAGAUUAUGAAUCAUGCCGAAUAUGCUUGUCAAAUAAGAGGUCCUUAUGUCCUCUUUUUAAAUAUAAGUUAUCCGGUAACUAUGCAGAAAUGCUUACAGCUAUUGCCGAUGUAAAGGUAUGUUCAAACGAUGGGCUACCUGAAAAGAUUUGCCACAAAUGUUGCACAGCUCUGGAAAAAGCUUAUAUUAUUAAAACUGUUGCUGAAAGAUCAGAUCGCAAACUGAGGCAAUUAGUUGCAAAGGCAAAUGAAAAGUUACCGACAAAAAAGAUAGCAUUUGACUCCUUCACUGAUAUUAAAAGUGAAAUUGGACCUCUGACUGUGAAAUGUGAACCAAAAUGGGAAAUGGAAAUUGAUGUAAACAAUAAAACCGGAGCUCCAAUAAUAGAGACUAUUGAAGGAAGAGAUAUUGUUAUUGCUGAUACUGUCAUAAGAAAAGUUGAUUCAAAUAAUGACUUUAGUUCGUCAAACGAAAACAAGAACUUUGAUUCUGAUACAGAUUUCCUUGACGAUCACAUAUUCCGUGACGAUGAUGAUGACGAUUAUUUGCCUCCAGCUGAAAAAACUAAGAGUAAAUUUAAGAAGCCGACAUUGGCAGAUAUAAAAGUAUUUAAAGCCAAGAAACCGGUUGUUAGAAAAGUGAAGGUGAUAAAGCAGUACAAACAAGAACCAAUAAAUGAUGAAGACACAAAUGAUGAUUAUUUUGGUGAUAUGAAAUCAAAGACGACUACAAUUACGUGCUAUCCAGUUAAUAAAAGUGGUGUAAGAGGACCACCUGUACUCCUCAAGAGGCCGAAGGAUCUGACAGUUUUAAAAAUUCAGAAAAAUUAUCAGACCAAAAUAGAACCGAAAGAUCGACCGGCACGAAGCAAUAGUACUUUAAGAAGAGUUAAAAAUCCAAAGGGGGUUUUGAAAGAGAGAGAAAAACUUGUUUGUCCCAUUUGUGGAAUCUUAACAUUCAGUUUAGGCAACCAUAUAGCCACUCAUGAAGAAAAGAAAAAAUUCACAUGUUCAGAAUGUCCCCGGUCAUUUGUGCAAAAGAGUAAUUUAUUGGUGCAUUUAAAAAAACAUAAUGGAGUCAAGGAUCAUAUCUGUGAAGUUUGUGGAGCUGGGUUUUAUACACAGAAAUCAUUAGCAAGGCAUAAUCUGAUACAUAAAGGAGAAAGACCAUUCCCAUGUAAUUUAUGUUCCAAAAAAUUUAUUGCGCGUUGUGAUCUCAACCGCCAUCUUCGUAUCCAUGCUGGUUAUAAGCCGUACAAGUGUGGAACAUGCGCUAUGUCCUUCAACGCCAAACAUCAGCUGCAGAACCAUGAAAGAAUGCAUACCGGAGAGAGACCAUAUUCAUGUCAGAUAUGCAAUGUCGCGUUCAGUUAUAAAGUGAACCUUAACAAUCAUGUAUACAAAGUGCACGGUAUCAAUUUGAAGUUCAAAUCCAUUCACACUGUAACUGAGGAGGUUUUACGUCGCGAGCUGGGAUUAGCAAGUGAGGCUGCGGUCGCACAGAUGAUGCCACAUCUGGACCGAAUGACAGAUGUACCUACACCAGCUGCACACGAGACUGUUCAUCAUACUGUUGACUUCACAGUCUAGUAACACAGAUUAUACUGUUAGGGACAAAUUAAUGAAACAGAAGACUGUUUGGAACAGAUUAAAAAUAACAUGAGCUAUGUUAUUAUUAUCUUUGAUAGAGAGUUAUUUGCCUUAAUUGAAGGCUUCAUUAACAUGAGAGAAGUUAGGAAAGUUUCAUAUUAUUGGUGUGGAAUAGUAGGCCAACAAGAAGAGAUGAGAAAUGUAUUUUUUUCUUUUUAUUUUAUGUUACUCAAGCAGUAAGUGAAACUAAAGUAAAUAUAUUUUCCUAAUACAAAACAUUAUUUACAGGAAAGAACAUUUUGUAAUAUGUAUUAAAUAUGUAAUUGAAGUUGAUACUAAAAAGCCCUGAUACUCAAAUUACAUAAAAUAACUAGCACGGAACUGAAAUAGUUGUAUAUGUAUAUAUAUUACUACAUUUAUGUGGCAAACUGUAUGAAAAAUAUCUAUCAUAACACCAGAUAGGCUUUCUAAAGCAUUAUAAGAAUGACUCAUGCGUUGAAUGGUAAUACGAUAGUUCUCAACCUUAAAACUUAAAAAAAAAUGUCAACAUACAUUAUACAAUUAAGUAAAUGUUAUUCAAAUUUAUAAUUGUAAUUUUUAAUGUGAAUGUCAAGUAAUCCGAAUUGUUAGUAUGAAUGUGAUGUAUUGAGGACCCAACAAUAAAAGUGAAAUCUUUUAAUGAAA